AUGGCAGAGGAAGCUCCUAAAUCAGCAGAAACAAUCGAAAUCACCUUCACCCAUCAUGGCACGCCUCACACCUUCAACUUUCUCUCUGAAUCUACCAUCGCUGACCUCUCGAACCGCAUCUACAACGAAUUAACUAUCCCUGCGAUCAACCAAAAAUUCCUGAUAACCCCUAAGCUCGGCAUCUUCAAACCACCAUUUGUGCAUCCUCUCCUACUCAGUACCCUGAAAUCGAAGAAGAUAGUCCUUCUUGCGCCGACGCCCGCCGAGCUCGCCUCCCUCGCGUCUCCUCGCCCUAGUCCCCGGCCUACCAGUUCCACCACUAAACCGGGCGCCUUGUAUCGCCAUCGCGAUUGGCAGAAAGCCCAAGAGGAGGCAACCUACACCUUCCAGACCAUCCUCCCACUCAGCUACCUCCCUGGCCCGGCGCGUUCGCAAAAGUUCCUGGAGCGUCUGCGCGACGAUCCCGGCAUCAAGGCCAGCAUGCGCAAACACAAAUUUAGUGUGGGCGUGCUGACGGAGAUGAACCCGGCCGAACAUACAACUCAUGAAUCGCGCACCCUGGGUCUAAAUCGAAACCGAGGCGAGGUCAUAGAGUUGAGACUGAGGACGGAUGCGUAUGAUGGAUAUCGAGACUAUAAGAUCAUUCGCGAUACGCUCUGCCACGAACUGGCGCACAACGUCUUUGGCGACCAUGACCGGAACUUCUGGGACCUGUGCAAGUCUAUCGAAAAAGAAGUCCGGGAGGCUGACUGGAAGCAUGGGGGGCAGGCAGUCAGCAAUGAAAUCUUCUAUGAUCCGGAGGAAAGAGAGGGGAGCGCGGGGCAUGUGGAUGGCGGAGGGUGGUCUGGAGGGGAAUUCGUGCUGGGAGGAUACGGUGGGAAACAAGGGGUGCCAUCACAGAUGCUGAACAGGAGAGAGGCUAUGGCCAAGGCGGCGGAAGAGAGGAUGAGGAGACAGCGGCAGGCUGGGAGUGGUGGGAGUGGCGCACCGGCUUGA